UAUUUCCGCACAACACCCCCGCCGCACAACACUUCCCUUCCCCCUCGCGCGACGUCGGGAAACGUGUCGAGCGGCGAGAGUUGUCGGCUCGUCAUUGGCUGCCUCGCGCCGUGUCAACAAACGCCAAGAUGGUUGGUAUCGAGUCUAUGUCAAGGUAUGUCUCCCCGGUGAAUCCCGCCAUCUACCCACACUUGACGUUAGUUCUCAUGAGCAUUGGGAUAUUCUUCACAGCAUGGUUCUUUGUGUAUGAAGUCACCUCCACAAAGCUCACAAGAGACUUCUUCAAGGAGUGCCUCAUUGCCCUUGUUGCUUCUGUGUUUAUGGGAUUCGGCAUCUUGUUCCUACUUCUAUGGGUAGGGAUAUACGUUUGAGAGGGUUUAUAAGGAUAUAGAAGCGUAAAAAUGAGCAUUUGGAAGUGAGUGAAAGGUGAGGUAAUUGUCAUUUUACCCAUAAAAUUAUUGUUAGUCAUAAAAAAUUAUGUUCAAUAUAUAUUGGAAAUAAAAUGGAAUCAAUAGAAAAUGUGUAUAUAUUUUUUUUAUUUCUAAAUGGCCAAAUUCUUGUAAAAUAUUCAAAUAGCACAGCAUUUGGUUGUCAUAGAUUUUUUGUUAAAUUUCUAUCUGCACAUUUUCUAAAUAACUUUUCUCUCUCUCUCUCUCUUUCUCUCUCUCUCCUCUGCAGGCACCAUAGUCAUUCCAGCAAAUUGAAGUCUGAUUCCAUGUUGUGACUGAAAUAAAGGGUUGUUGUUUUUCCA